UGAUAACUUGAUAGUGUGCUGUGUGUUGAUGUAUUUUUUUCUUACAAACUUGUUCUGGUAACAAGUUGUUAAUUUCAUCGGAUUUUUCAUCAUAAUAUUAUCCGCCAAAAGGGUUCUGAGAUGUCCAUAAAUAAUCUAACUGCAACACUAUGUCGCAUUGGUAUUGGCGUGUUGUUGCCUUGAAGGCGGCUUUCGUAUUAACAUGUUUUGUUUCAUAUCUUCGAGCGGAUACUGUACAAAAGUUACCAUUCUGUAAUCCUCAUUCCGCAAAUGAUGCUCGAUUAAGUAACGAUUUGGUGAUUGUGAGCACAAUUGAUGGCCGUUUAACAGCCCUAUCAACUGAAAAUGGUGACAAAGCAUGGGCCCUUGAGACAAAACCUUUGGUAUCAUCUAAUCUCCAUCAUGUUGAGCUGACAUCGGGAGGCAAGUGGGUGAGACUAGUGCCUUCUCUGCGGGGCAGAUUGUACAGCCUCAGUGGUGACACCAUUGAACCACUGCCUUUUAAUGCGGACCAACUACUCUCAUCUUCAUUCAAAUACUCUGAUGACUUAGUGAUAGCAGGUGCCCGCGAGACAGUAUGGAUGGGGGUGGAAGCGAAUUCGGGUGCAGUAGUGUACGAGUGUGGCUCCUCUGGAUGUAACAGUGAGCAGCAAACUGCCAGCAGCGGACGUGACGUCAUCGUGCUCCGACGUCACUCCAACACGGUCCGCGCGCUAGAUCCCAGAUCCGGUCACGAAAAAUGGAACUUCAGUGUGGCAGAACACCAGCUGGCGGUCAGUCGUCGCGAAUGCGUCGGUAAAACGACGGUCCCCGCGGCGGUCACCAUCGCCGUAGCCCUGCCCGAAGGUGUGGUGGCGGUCAGACAUCCAGACACAAACCUCGUACUGUGGCAACACAGGCUGGAUGCUCCAGUAGCCAACAUAUGGCGGCUGCAGGGUGGCGUGCUCACUCACAUGGACGUGCUGGGACAGGCCUCACACGCACUCCUUGCCACGGCACCUUCGCCCUCGCUGUACCUGGCCUCGCACGAAACACAGCUGUACAUCCAAGAGAGCGAGGAGUAUGCUGCGAAGCUAGAGACAUCGCUCACUCACAAGCCAGUCCCGUGGAAGGUUAAGCAAUCACGGCCCUUACUCGGCGACGACACGGCGCUCCAAGCGGUUACCGGCUUCGAUAAUGCUUUGUCUGUAGUCGCGCUCUAUGGCAAAAAUGAUAUUAAAGGUGACCAGGGAUUCUUUCUGUACCUACAAGAAACCUGUGAUCAAGCCGUUCAAGUGUCAGGAGAAAACAUUGACGGCCCUGAAAUCAUACUCCCGAACAACAGUGACGAUCAGCCAAACCAUCACCAUAUACAUGUGCAUGUGUACUCUCUGUGGUUCUGGUGGAAGGAAGUUCUGUUGAUAGCAAUCAGCUCAGCGUUAUUGAUGAACUUGAUGAUUUGGCCCAGAUUUUUCGCGCCCAAAGUCAAAAGCACACCAUUACCCAUAAACCAAGAAUAUAUUGUUGUGGAAAGACAUUAUGAAAGACCGAAUCCGGUUGUGGAAUAUUCUGGAAGGUACGAGAAUGAUUUCACGCCUCUAAGAUGUUUAGGACGGGGUGGGUUUGGUGUGGUAUUCGAGGCGAGGAACAAUAUUGAUCAUUGCUCAUAUGCUGUGAAGAGAAUCACGCUGCCGAAAAGAGAGUCGAGACGUGAGCGAGUAUUGCGCGAAGUGCGGGCACUCGCUAAACUGGAGCAUGAACACAUUGUAAGAUACUUCAACGCCUGGUUGGAGGAGCCGCCACCGAGUUGGCAAGAGCAACGCGACGCGCACUGGUUGCGAGAGUUGGGCGACGUGUCGGUACCGAUAACCGAAGACGGUACGUACCCGUCCCCGGCGCCGGACAAGUCUCCGUGCAAGCGUGACGUCACGCUCAACAUGCAGAAACCUUUAGACAUGUGUAUCGACGCACUCGAAUUCGACAAGAAGCUAGCGGAGCCAAAGAGACUUAGAUCGUUAAGCUGCAACGAUUCAUUUAGUAUUAUUUUCGAUGAGAACGCAUCGAAGGAGCCCCACAUCACGUCGGAGAGUCCUAGACUGUCGCGUGACGUCACUCCAUCUAAAAGAACCAGUGGGGAUGACGACUCGUUCAUUAUGUUCGCUAACAGCGAACAUUCAAAGACACCGAGCGAAGCUAGAGGUGACUCCGUGAACAAACAACUAGAGAAAGUCAGAGACAGUGACUAUACAAAGACUGGUAGUAAAAAGAAAAAGGGACACACACGCCACUGGUCGUUGGAUAUGUGCGUGCGCAGUGCGGACUCCUGUCCACGAGACAGCAAGAUGUAUCUGUACAUACAGAUGCAGCUGUGUCUGAGAGACAGCCUUCACGACUGGCUCAGGAACAACAGGACUUGGGACUCCAGGCGGCUCAAUGUUAAGACAUUAUUCAGUCAGAUAGUGUCAGCGGUAGAUUAUGUUCACCUCGCUGGACUGAUACACCGUGACCUCAAGCCCAGCAAUAUUUUCUUCGCGCCCGACGGCAAAGUGAAAGUCGGUGACUUCGGGCUGGUCACCACCAUGACUGACACCUCCCAGGAAGGCGCUGCGGAGGUAGACCUUCACGCGCCACAUACACAUCGAGUCGGCACCCACCUGUACAUGUCUCCGGAACAGCUGCGGGGUCUGCCCUACAGCUACAAGGUGGACAUCUACUCCCUGGGGCUGGUGCUGUUUGAGCUGCUCCAUCCGUUCGGGACGGAGGCCGAGCGGGUGGCCUGCCUCACACGCCUCCGCGACGGUCACUACCCGCCGCACUUCGAGACCAGCCAUCCCAGCGAGACGGAAGUACUCAAGCUGAUGUUAAGCGAGGACCCGGAGCAGCGUCCCACUGCCAGCGGCGUGCGGGCUCGAGCUCCUCUCUACCAACAGACCGACCUCCGGUGGCACUUCACACUGCCCCCGACCAGGUAGCUGCAUCACACGACUCCACUCCAAUCCCUCAAGAGCUUUUAGGCUAAGAACUAAAGAGCGAACUUACACUUUGAAUAUAUUCUAAUUGAAAUGAUUUGUAAAGAAUCUAUAAUAUCAUUCAGUUUCCGAAAGAGCAACCUUAGAGUUUCUUGCUCGUUCUUCUCUAAGGAAAUCUGCCUUCUGAACGAAGAAAUAUAUGAAAUAUUUCAAGUGUAAUGCAAUUUAUCUUCGAAAUAAAAAUAUUUUUGUUUGUUUGCUCAGACUUUACUUACGUAAUACUUAGCUUAGUGUAAGCUUAGCAUAAUCUUUAUUUUCUUUUUAGUUUAGUCAUUUGACAACUAAAAUUAAGCUGAGCUUAAGCUAAGAUAGCCUCAAGUCAAGUUCUCGUUUUAUCACACUCAGCUAAGUUUUACGUGAGCAAAGUCUAUGUACGUUCUAUAAAUCUCAGCCUAACAUUCAACAUGAAGCAGUCGGGCAAAUGGAAUUGUCGUUGAAGUAGUCCUUUAAUGCGUAAACAUAGUAUCUCUUUGGUAAGUCCAAUUCUUCAAGCACUUCAGAUACAUCAGCUCACUGCAAAAGACAAUAAGAUUCAUGAAAAGAAUCAAUCUUAACAGUGAGCUAUAGUUAACAGUGGCUAUCACAAUAGAUCACAUUGGUCGCAGUAAACAGGGCUGCACUGAAUGGUACCUAAGCCACUUUACAAAACCAUAACCAUAGAUGUUUUAAUCUUCUUUUUUAAUUCUUUCUUGAUCAAUCUUCUCUUAACUAAGAUAUAUGGCGAUGAUUUUUAAAUGUAUAUUUUUUUUUUUUAAUUACUUGAAAUUGGUCUUUUAUAAGUGUCCUUGAUUCUAACUAUGUUAUCCGAGUACUUUAUUUUAGCUUUGGAUUAUUUUAACUAUAUUUUCUUUGAUGAUACUAACAAAUAAAAGAUGCAAGAAAAGUCAUGUUAAUGUUGAAAUAUUUAAUAAAACUUAAGUCACUCUGUCCGUUCGUGUGUGACUCAAGAUGAAAUUCUGUCUUUGAUACAAAGCUAGAGAUUAACACAAAAAACCUUUGGGUAACUUGUGGGUAUGAUACCACUUUAAAAUUAUAUUUUUAUAAGGCUAUACCUACUAAGCAAAGUUUGUACUUUGAAUAUGUAUUAAGUGUUAUUGACAUAAUAUUAAAAUUAGGUUUAAUUCUAAUUCUUUAUAUGCUGUUUUCUUAAAGAAACAUAACAUAGAGCGAUUUGUGAACGAAGUACAGUGCUCCCAAAUUAAUAAUGCGCAUACAGAUCUUCGCUAAUGGGCUUAUUCCCGGAAACACCCGAAUCAUUUAAUCGUAAGAGCCCUAAACAAUGCACUUGUAUUUUGCACCUUGUGCGAUAGAAAUAGGAGUCAAAUCAUGUGUUCACAAUACGAAAACAAAUCGGGCGGUCGGCUGUGGUAGCCGGUCAGUCAGUCGUCUUCAAGUAUUGGUGCCGACUGCACGUGUUCAGUCUAUGUGGAAUUAUAUAGAGCUCCUAUUACACACCCCUCUUGUUAUUAUUAUUGUAAUAUAAUUCUACAAAAUUAAUGCAUUUUACCACUCUAUAUAGAUAUCGUCUCCCGACGGUCGGGAAAUACGACCGUUGCCGAAAAGUGGCGAAGAUCUGUAUGCGCAUUAUUAAUUUAACUGUAGCAUCUAAUGACAUUUUGAGAUAUUACGAGCGUUCCUACAUCCUCAGUGGCUAUUUAUAAAAUAUUAUGAUUAUUUUGUAUUACAUACUACAAGUUAAUGUUAUUAAAUAAUAAGUGAUAGUUAUUUAUGUAGUCAAGAGGUUACUUGUUAUUCUUGGAAAAUAUCCCUCUGAACUGGCUAGUAAUAGCAAUAUUAAUAUUAGUAUUAAUUAGAAAGACUGGAUUUGAAAUGGAUUGUUGGUGUUAAUGUAUUAUUUUUUAAAUUUUAUUAAAUUACUAACACUUUGUUUCAUACCAAUUAGUCAUUAAUAUUGAUUAAACUUAGAAAUUAGAAUAACUUUACAAAGGGGGCUUGAGGUUUUAAUUUAAAAUCUUUUAUUUUGUAUCAUUUAUAUCAGAUAAACUUUAGGUUAUUCACGUCAACUUUUUUUUAUACAGAGGUCUCAGAUAAUUUUAUACGUCUAGAUACAAGACUCUUGCUGCUAGACAACCGAUGAAAACAGGCCAGGUUUAUUACUUUAGUGUGUGUGACUUGACGCGAUUUGUAUGUCACAUUGUGUAAGUGUGCAUGAAUUGCUCAAAAUAGAGAUUAACUAUCAACAUCAACUUCGAUUUUCGACGUUUUCACAGCUGUAACAGUCCAUCUAGAAAUAUAAAUGAUCUAAGACAGAGUUUUACCUGUUUGAAUAUUAUGCUCAUAGCUAAUGCUAACCACUAGUUAAGUUUUUAUUGUACUCCAAUCAAUAAUUGACCAUUGUUUAGUUAAACCCGGUUUGAGGAAAACAAAUCUUACGGGAAAUUCGUACUAAGUUAUUUGGUAGGCUAUGAAAUAAUGUAUAUUGUAUUUAUGUAACAACUAACUAACGUCUAGAAUACUUGAAAGCGGGCAUCUUAUAAAAGGUUGGGGAAAAAGUUCCUUCGCAUUUUAUAUGAAAAUUCAAGACAUUUUUUUUCAAUUACGUAUAAUUGCAGUAUAAAUGUGCCAUUCUGUUCGAUGAAUUUUGUCUUCUUGUUGUUAAUGACAUAAUCCCGUUGUUGUAGAAAUUUUGGAUUAUCAGAAAAACGCCAUUAGUAAAUUUGACAGUCCUCUCUCGAUGUUACUAACACUUCUGAAAGAAUUCUGAAGAGACCCAAAUUUUAAAUUGCAAGAGCUAUGUGGCGGAUGCAAUAACACUUCAAAGACAAAAGCGAGUGAUGAUUGAACACACCACUAUUGAUCAAUUCCGGCCCCUUUCUUUUCUCUUAAUUUCUUUCUUUAAUCACAUCAGUUGUUGGCAUUAUAGAUCUGAAUCGAUGGUUCUGCCCGCCGGUAAACUCAUACUGUGUUAUACAAAUGAUUUAAGUUUUCUUUAGUGUUAAUUCUGCCAAUAUUUGUUUUUUAAACAAUUCGACACGUGUUUCGCCUCUACACGAGGCAUCCUCAGGACGUGUUGUCUCGCCAAAAUCUGGCACGAGACGCAAAUUAGAGUCUCUUUAAAAUCAAUCAAUAUUGGCGGAAUUAACACUAAAGAAAACUUAAAUCAUUUGUAUAAUUAUGGAUUUCCGCAAAGUAACGCCUACUUCAAUAAAUUUGCAUACUGUGUUAAAUAAACGCGCAGUAAAGUUAUACCAAAUUUAAAA